UCACUUACAGCACAGUCAGUUUGCAAUCAGCCCAGCUCAGUCCAUGCAGCCCCUGUCACCCAAAAAGUAUCAGCUAGAAGCAUUUGUUUGAAGAAGGCAACGACGGAUCAUUUUGGCCAAAUACCUGCUUGGGGUUUGCAUCUGCUCAGAGUGACAAAGGAACCAGGAGAAGAUGCCCGGGUUGAAGUACAUGUCGGGAUUUGGAAAUGAACAUGUUUCUGAGGAUCCACGCUGCCCUGGAGCUUUACCAGAGGGACAGAAUAACCCGCAAGUCUGCCCAUACGGCCUGUAUGCAGAACAGCUCUCGGGCUCUGCUUUCACCUGUCCCCGACCCACAAAUAAGAGAAGCUGGCUGUAUCGGAUCCUCCCAUCUGUUUGCCACAAACCCUUCCAGCCUUUUGAAGAGGGCCACUUAACACACACCUGGGAUGACAUUGAGCCUGACCCCAGCCAGCUGCGGUGGAAACCUUUCGAGAUCCCAAAGGCCUCCCAGAAUAAGCUGGACUUCGUGAGCGGACUGCACACCUUGUGUGGUGCUGGUGAGCCCCGAGGACGCAACGGCAUCGCCGUCCAUAUCUUUGUCUGCAACGCCUCCAUGCUUGACAGAUGCUUUUAUAAUUCAGAUGGUGACUUCCUGAUUGUGCCUCAGCAGGGGAAACUGCUCAUCACAACUGAGUUUGGGAAGCUGCUAGUGGAGCCCAGUGAGAUCUGCGUAAUCCAGCAAGGAAUGCGUUUCAGUGUGGAAGUGUUUGGCGAGACCAGAGGCUACAUCCUGGAGGUGUAUGGUGCACACUUUGAGCUGCCUGACCUGGGACCCAUUGGAGCCAAUGGUCUGGCUAACCCUCGGGAUUUCCUGGUGCCUGUUGCAUGGUACGAGGAUCGCCAAGUGCCAGGGGGCUACACAGUGAUCAGCAAGUACCAGGGCAAGCUGUUUGCAGCCCAGCAGGAUUUCUCCCCCUUCAAUGUUGUAGCCUGGCAUGGGAACUACACACCAUACAAAUACAAUCUGGAUAACUUUAUGGUCAUUAAUGCUGUUGCUUUUGACCAUGCGGAUCCUUCUAUUUUCACUGUCCUGACAGCCAAGUCUACCCGUCCUGGAGUGGCACUUGCUGACUUUGUCAUAUUUCCUCCCCGAUGGGUGGUAGCUAACAACACCUUCCGGCCACCCUACUACCACAGGAACUGCAUGAGUGAGUUCAUGGGGCUCAUCAGGGGCCACUAUGAAGCAAAGGAGGAAGGCUUCCAGCCUGGAGGGGCCAGCUUGCACAGCAUGAUGACUCCUCAUGGGCCAGAUGCUGACUGUUUUGAGAAGGCGAGCAAAGCCAAGCUGGAGCCUGAGAGGGUUGCAGAAGGGACUAUGGCUUUCAUGUUUGAGUCUUCCUUCAGUUUGGCUGUUACCAAAUGGGGCCUCAAGACCUCCAACCGCCUAGAUAGAAACUACUACAAGUGCUGGGAACCUCUGAAAAGCCAUUUCAAUCCUAAUUGCAAGUAAAGAAAUUGUUGUUUGCAAUACGUGAAUGAAGACAGGGAAAUCCAGUACACUUGCAUGUGCUGGGAUAGUCGACUCAGGCAACACAGAGUGCUCCAGUACAGAAUUGUAAUUCCAGCAGCCACUGAGUCACUAAAAAGAUCAUGCCUAUGUAACUUGAAAUGCAGUAAAAAACACCACUAUUCUCAGUUUUCAUGUAUCCAAUUAAAGCUUUCCUUGCGACACAUUGAAGCUGAAAUACUUGUAUGGUUCUCACCAUGCCAAGUUGCUGUGAAUGCUGUACCUUGUGUGGCUAUGACAGUCAGUCCCAUUUCACAGAGGCCCCCUGAAAAUAUGACACGAGGUGUCUUCCAAAGGAUGGGUAGCUACGGCUCAACAAAGCGUUAUGCUGUCUGUAAGGGAAGAGCUUUCAAAAUAAGAGCUGAAGAGUCUAUCAGGCCUACCUUCCAUCAGAGCAGGGCAUUUCAAACCACUUAUCUGUGGGUGGUUGCCCAGAAAAGCCUUUAUUGUCAGGAGAGUAUCUUGCAAAUUGGAAGAGACUGGAGAAUCCUAAGUGUUUCAUUGCUAAUUGAGGGAAUAUUAUCUUUUCAAUCUCACAUCCUAGGCAACUUUCUACACCAGUUUGUUUGUCAGCACUUGACAAUUUUUUCUCCCCAGUUAUAUGCUAAUUUGCACCUUAGUGAAUGUGAAAGGGCUUGGUUGGCCAGCCCAAACAUUUGUUCCUUGGAAGGUUCCUGGAGGAAAAGUUGAGUGCAGACAGCUUAAUGGAGGACCUCAAAAACCAUUGGAAUAUUCAAGCCACCUACUCUUCAUACAUGGUGAUUUCAAACCACUCUUCUAUUCCACAGGAUGGAGGCAGAAAGCAAAGCCCCCAGUAGGCUAGGAAUCAUGUGCACGACCUGGGAAUCCCAACCCUCAGGCCUGUGCUGUAGCCAUGUAUCCACUUUGUCGUCAUGUCAAAAACAGGAUUUGAAGGGCUCAAGUUUAGUAAGGCAUCAAUGUGGUAAAUGUUGCUGUCAAGCCAUUUGUCUCAUUUGCAUAUAUGCUGAACUCUCCAGUUUGCUUACAACACACACUACUCAUUUA